UAUAAGACGAGAACAUUGUAAGGAAUAUUGCAGUAGUCGCACGACUUUCCAACCGGUAACAGCCUUUUUUUAGUCCUACAAAAAUGACGGCCGGUGAAAAAUUAAGUGUUUUCAGUGCACGUUACCGUUGGCAAAUUAUUGCCACAAUGACGGUGCACAUCAUGACGCUAACCCAUGGAGUUGGUGUGGGAUGGCUGUCUCCAAGUCUAAGGCUUCUGGGAUCGGAUCACAGUCCACUGGGAGAUCCUAUCACCAUCGGUGAGGCAUCUUGGAUGGGAUCUCUGAUUGGACUGGGCUCUCUGACUGGCAAUAUAAUUUUUGGUCUACUGCUAGACCGGUUGGGCCGAAAACUCUGCAUGUACUUCCUGGCCAUACCCAACAUGACCUAUUGGAUCCUUAUCUAUACCGCGCAAAACGUAGGUUAUUUAUAUGCCGGCCGAUUCUUAGCCGGAAUAUCAGGCGGUGGCUGCUACGUUGUAUUACCCAUAUUCAUCGCGGAAAUUGCAGAUAAUGGAGUUCGUGGAGCCCUAUCUUCCAUGGCCAUGAUGUACGUUAGUAUUGGAAUGAUGAUUGGAUUUUCGCUGGCCUCGUAUCUUUCUUACCAUCUGAUGCCUUGUAUAGCCAUUACAUUCCCUAUCGUUUUCCUUUUGGCUAUUAUUGGUCUUGCUGAAACCCCCCAGUAUCUGCUCCGGCGGGGUCGGGAUGAACAGGCUGAGAAAUCUUACUAUUUUUAUAAGAACCUCAAGGCCCCAAAAGUCGGCGAUAAAGAGGCCUCUAAUCAUGACGCUGCCAAAAUUGAGUUCGACUCAUUCCGUCUUCAGGUUCUUAGUGGCGGCAUCACCGAGAAAAUUACCAAGCGUGAUUUCUUUAACUUACCCACUAUGAAAGUCUUUGGCCUGAUCUUUGUGCUUAUUAUUUGCAACCAAUUAUCGGGUAGCUUUGCCAUUUUCAACUACACCUCCCACAUCUUUGCCGAACUGGGAAGCCAAAUAGACCCAAAUACCUGCACCAUUGUGGUGGGCGGUGUCCAGGUGCUGAGCAUCCUGUGUGCCGUGGCUCUGGUGGAUCGAUGUGGACGCCGAGUCCUUCUCCUGACCUCAAUGGCGGGCAUGGGGCUGGGCGAGUUGACGAUCGCAUUGCUGAAGUGCUUCGCAUCGGAGGAGUUCCUGGCCGAAAAUAGUUGGUUACCCUUGAUUGUAAUGUGCUAUGUGACCUGCAUUGCUUCGGUGGGAGUAAUACCCCUGAUCUUUAUCAUUAUUAUUGAAAUGCUGCCGGCUAAGAUCCGAUCCAUUGGCACCUCCCUGAGUAUGGCCACGUUUAGCGGCUUCAUCUUUGUGUCUCUGAAGAUCUACCCCAUCAUGAUCUACGACCAGGGCCUGGCGGCCACCAUGUUCAUGUCGGCGGGCAUGUGCUUCUUCGGAUUCAUUGUGUUGGGCCUGUUUCUGCCGGAGACCAAAGGCAAGCUGAUGACGCACUGACGACACCGUUGUCGUGUGAAACCCAAUGAUGUCUUGGCUCGAGCUUGGCAUCAACCUCGGAGCUCCGGGCUCGACGGCCACGCCACACGCUUAGGCUGCCUUUGUUGUUUUUUAAAGUGAAGCCAAACCCAUUGCAUAAGCUGCGGGAUUCCAAAAUGCUCUCAUGUCAAGACAACUCACUCAAUAAUUUGUGGCACAAAAAAGCUGAGCCAUCGGCUCAUCCUGAACUCUUGAACCUAAUUCAAUUUUCGAGCUCUGCGGUUUUCUUUUCUCUGGCGGAUUAUUUUCGUCUUUUGUGCAUAGAAAUGUAAUUUAAUUUUAUUUGGAGAAAGUCGCGGGGCUGUGAUCUUGUGAUUGAUAAGCGCGAAAAUUGUACGAUUAGACCUAAGUAUGUGUGAUAGCUGUUAUUUGUCUAAAUAUGAUAGUGUACGAUUCGAAUCUGUCUAUCAUCUCUUGGGUGAAAUAUUUAUAUUAUUAUACUGGUAACUGCCAGAUAACUUAACCGGCAGUUAGUGGACUGUUUGUUAUAAAACAAAGUUGCACAAUCGAUCAAUGGAAUGGGGGGAAAACUAACUCUCUGAUAAGCAAGAAAACGUUUGGGGGAAAAGGCAGUUGCAUACCUGUCUUUCCUGCGAUUAUGCUGAGAUGCAGAAUUAAUGAACUCGCAAAAGCGUAGAAGAUAAAGCCAGCAGCGGCGAAUGCAAAAUCCAAAAAGCCAGCCAAGCCGAAGAGCCAAACAAUGACUCAUAAAUUCAA